GUCGCUCACAUCUCCAUGAGGGUGGCAGCCCUCUUGUGGGCCUUGAUCGGCUCGGCUCUCGGGGCCAAGCUGGACACUCUGCACAAGGACCAUUCAGACUGUUCGCCCGUCAAGUCUAAAAACCCCGUCGGCAGUUUCUUCGUCGCUGCCUUGCCUUCAGGAGGAACGCACACAGCAUUUGCCGGCUUCGGCACCGCCUCUCAGGCUGGGAAGGGCGAGGGCGUCGUUGGCUCUGCCUUCUCCUCGGGUCAGGCAGGCCAAGCAGGCCAUGCGACGAGGCAUUCCUUCAGCGGAAGUCAUAACGCCUUCGCAGGGUUCAAUUCACCCACUGGUACUCAGCACAGCAGUGGCUCUUUCAUCUCUAGUAGUGGUGUACCCAUAGGUUCAACUGCAUAUGCUGCAAGUAGUUCAAGUUUAGGUAGUUUAAGUUCUGGAUCACAACCUAGUGGAUCAUCAAGCGCAAAUAAUCGGCAUUCUUCAACUGGUGCUGAUGAUACCUCAUCAGGAAGUAGGUUUUCCUCAGGAGGUAGUUUUGUCUCAUCCAGUUUCCCUACACGUGGAACAGGAUCAUUUGGAGUAGGAAGCCUCUCCUCACAUGGGGCUGCAGGAUUUGGUAGUGCUCUUUCAGUAGGUGGUGGUGUAGGCAGUGUUGGUUCGAGAGGUUCAUCAACUACUGGGAGCCAAUUCUCGUCAUCAGGUGGACAUGGUACAUCAGGAAGUGGUAUUUUGUCCAUUGGAAACAGAGCAUCUUCACUCACUGGUCCUAAACCAGGUGCAUCAGGGACCUCUAGCCAAUUAACAUCUGGUACUAGCUCUUCUUUUGGUGUUGGUACUGGUUCAGGCACAAAGUUUUCUUCAGGCUCAACUUCUACCCCUGGCAGUCAGUCUGGAUCUGCAACUCACAGAGGACAGACUACCCAUGGGGUAAGGUCUCCCUCUAGUGUUAGAGGUGUUUCAGGUUCUGGAUCUACAUCAUCUGGGAGUGGAAGUGGCACAUUCUCAGGGUCUGGUGGAUCAUCAAGUGCAGGUGGUCGUGUUUCAGGUUCUGGAUCUACAUCAUCUGGGAGUGGAAGCGGCACAUUCUCAGGGUCUGGUGGAUCAUCAAGUGCAGGUGGUCGUGUUUCAGGUUCUGGAUCUACAUCAUCUGGAAGUGGAAGUGGCACAUUCUCAGGUAGUCAUGUUUCAGGUUCUGGAUCUACAUCAUCUGGAAGUGGAAGUGGCACAUUCUCAGGGUCUGGUGGUUCAUCAAGUGCAGGUGGUCGUGUUUCAGGUUCUGGAUCUACAUCAUCUGGGAGUGAAAGCGGCACAUUCUCAGGGUCUGGUGGUUCAUUAAGUGCAGGUGGUCGUGUUUCAGGUUCUGGAUCUACAUCAUCUGGGAGUGGAAGUGGCACAUUCUCAGGGUCUGGUGGAUCAUCAAGUGCAGGUGGUCGUGUUUCAGGUUCUGGAUCUACAUCAUCUGGGAGUGGAAGCGGCACAUUCUCAGGGUCUGGUGGUUCAUUAAGUGUAGGUGGUCGUGUUUCAGGUUCUGGAUCUACAUCAUUUGGAAGUGGAAGUGGCACAUUCUCAGGGUCUGGUGGUUCAUUAAGUGUAGGUAGUCGUGUUUCAGGUUCUGGAUCUACGUCAUCUGGGAGUGGAAGUGGCACAUUCUCAGGGUCUGGUGGUUCAUCAAGUGCAGGUAGUCAGUACACCUCAUCAGGUGCUUAUGGAACAUCAUCAGGAAGUAAGCCUUCUACUGGAAGUAGUUCUUUCUCAUCCAGCUCUGGUAAUAGACAUUUUUCUGCGCAAGGAACAGGCUCAUUUGGAGUAGGAAGCUCCUCUACUUCAUCUGGCGCUACUGGAUUAGGUAGUACUCUUUCAGUAGGUAGUGGUCUAGGAACAGCAGGUUCUACAGGUUCAUCAACUACUGGGAGCCAAUUCUCGUCUUUAGGUGGACAUGGGUUAUCAGGAAGCAGUAGUUUUUCCAGUGGAAAUAGAGCCUCUUCAUUUACUGGUACUAAACCAGGUGUAUCUACCACUUCUAGCCAAUUAACAUCUGGUACAAGACCCUCUUUAGGUGCUGGUACUGGUUUAAGCACAAAGUUUUCUUCAGGAAUAACAUCUAGUUCUGGUAGUCAAUUUGGUUUCGCAGCUGGAUCAGACAAUGAUGUAAAGGGUUCAGGAUUUUCUUCUGGAGGUACAUCUAGUAGUGGCGUUGCAGGUUCUGGAUCUACUUCAGUAGACAGUGGAAGUAGAACAUCUUCAGGGAUUGGUAGUUCCUCAAGUACAGGUAAUCAGUACCACUCAUCUGGUGCUUAUGGAACAUCAUCAGGAAGUAGACCUUCUACUGGAGGUAGUUCUUUCUCAUCCAGCUCUGGCAAUAGUCAUUCCUCUGUACAAGGAACAGGAUCCUAUGGGGUAGGAAGCUCCUCUUCUUCAGCAGGUAGGCCAGGAUCUUCACCUGGGGCUACAGGAUUAGGUAGUACUCUUUCAGUAGGUGGUGGUCUAGGAACUGCAGGUUCUACAGGUUCAUCAACUACUGGGAGCCAAUUCUCGUCUUUAGGUGGACAUGGGUCAACAGGAAGCAGUAGUUUUUCCAGUGGAAAUAGAGCCUCUUCAACUACUGGUACUAAACCAGGUGUAUCUACCACUUCUACCCAUUUAGCAUCUGUUUCUAGACCCUCUUUUGGUGCUGGCAGUGGUUCAUCUAGUAGUGGUGUUGCAGGUUCUGGAUCUACUUCAGUAGACAGUGGAAGUGGAACAUCUUCAGGCAUUGGUAGUUCCUCAAGUACAGGUAAUCAGUACCACUCAUCUGGUGCUUAUGAAACAUCAUCAGGCAGUAGACCUUCUACUGGAGGUAGUUCUUUCUCAUCCAGCUCUGGCAAUAGACUUUCCUCUGUACAAGGAACAGGAUCCUUUGGGGUAGGAAGCUCAUCUACUUCAGCAGGUAGGCCAGGAUCUUCACCUGGGGCUACAGGAUUAGGUAGUACUCUUUCAGUAGGUGGUGGUCUAGGAACUGCAGGUUCUACAGGUUCGUCAACUACUGGGAGCCAAUUCUCGUCUUUAGGUGGACAAGGGUCAACAGGAAGCAGUAGUUUUUCCAGUGGAAACAGAAUCUCUUCAUUUGCUGGUACUAAACCAGGUGUAUCUACCACUUCUAGCCAAUUAACAUCUGGUUCUAGACCAUCUUCAAGUGCUGGUAGUGAUUCAAGCACAAAGUUUUCUUCAGGAAUAACAUCUAGCUCUGCUAGUCAAUUUGGUUUGGCAGAUGGAACAGAUGAUGAUACAAAAGGUUCAGGAUUAUUUUCUGGAGGUAUAUCCAGUCAUGACUCAUCUUUUGGUGCUGAUGGCAUCCCAGCUUCAGCAUUUGCUGCUGGAGAAGGCACUUUUAGUGGACAAUUAUCCUCAGAAACAGGAGUAAUAGGGCGUCCUGGCUUUGGUGCAAGUAGGCCUGGUUUCAGUGUGCAAAGACCAGCAUCAUUUGCGACAUCCACUCUAGGUGUUAGACCUUCAACUGUUGGGUCUGCUGGUGUUGGAAUUGGUGAUUCUAAUUUUGGAACUAGUGGUAGCUCUUCAUUUAGCGGUGAUUCUCAUAGAUUUGGUGUUAGUGGUAUUGGUGCUGAUGCUUUUGUCGGUAGGCCUGGGGUAUAUAAGACCACCCACAGUAGUGUAGUAAGUGGUCAUGGGGGCCAUGGAGUAUCUGUAAACAGAAAAUUUAGUGGUACUAGAGGCGCUGCAGGCUCUGGCUCUGGUUCCUUCAGCUCAUCAUCCUCUUCUACAAGCUCAAAGUCUGAAGGUUCUUUCACUUUCAAGUCAUCAACCUCUUCAUCUGGAUCCAUCCUGACUAAAGGACCAGCCAAUCCGGGCUUCUGUCCAGCCCUGACAAACAAGUGCGAUGAGCCAACGGGAUCAGAAAAGAGAUGUGUCGACGACGGCUCGUGCGCGUCGACGGAGAAGUGUUGCUUCGACGCCUGCAACCGGACCGACCACUUUGUCUGCAAACCGGCAGUUGAUCAACCUCCUUACUGGUAAUCCCACUGGCUAGAACAAUCCGCAGGCGAAACGUCAUUUCAUUUUUCGCUCGAGAGAAGGGCUUCGAAAGGAAGAGAGGAAAGAGUUAGAAGACGCCAUGAACACGAAAUGAGGUGAUUGUUUUGUCCAAGGAAAAUGAUUCUCUGCCGCAUUCACUUCUACGAUGAGAAGCAAUAUUCUUGCAUCGUAUGAAACUGAGACUGAUUUUGGGGUCUACUCUGUGUUAUCAACAAAACAAAUCAUUUCGAUGGGCAUAUGAUGUCAAUAAAAGCAAUGUAUAACAA